GCGCGUAGUUUAUACUGCGCCUGUCCAAUUGAAAUCCCGGCAAGUCACUUUCUCUCCUCUAUUCGUGAGAGCGAUUUAGUAAUUGUUGCCGAUAAAGAAUCGCAUCUUUCCCGCGAAAACCGCGCCUAUGCGUAAUCCGUUGCAAAACGCGCUGUAACGCAAAGAACGACUCCCUUUGCGAAGCGGGAAUGCGAGCGUUUUAUGACAACUCGACAAGGAACGCGAAGUACGUUCCUCGCGUCGCUCGACAGUGAUAUCGUGCCUGUCUUUCUGCUCCGUUUGAAUCAUGCGAAUGAUGGACCAGCCAGCGCGAUAAACUUGCGACGACUCGAUUUUCCGGAGAGUUUAGAGCGCGGAUUCUCCCGACGUUAUGACGCGUCUACGAGGUCGAGCCUCGCUGAUGGUCAUCAUGACUAUUAGUUUCAUCUUGCUGAUUGUCAUAUAUCAUAUAUUGAGUAACGAGAUUGAUGAGAUAUCAUCAGGCAAGAUUGCUCGACUGAGAGCAGAGGAUAUGUAUUCCCCAGGUGAACUCACAGACAGCCCCUCUGAUAGCAUUCCGCUAUUCAAGGGCCAUAAGAUCGUUCACUUAGAUCUGAAAGGCGCUCCGCCGAAGAUAAGCUACUAUAACUAUCUGUUUCCUUUGCUACGAAAGCUAGGAGCCACUGGUAUACUUGUGGAGUACGAGGAUAUGUUCCCCUUUGCAGAUAGUAUUGAGGACAUUCGCGCUGGCAAUUCUUACUCAAAGAAGGAUAUUGUACAAAUUCAAAAUAUAGCCAAGAAUAAUCAACUAACUGUUAUACCAUUGAUACAAACCUUUGGUCAUAUGGAGUUUGUUCUUAAGUUGGAUAAGUAUAAAGACUUCCGGGAAGUUCCACAUUAUCCACAAGUCUUGUGCCCUACAUAUAAUAAAACGCUUCCAUUGAUAUAUGAAAUGAUAAACCAAGUUGUAUCCGCACAUCCAGCAUCAAAAUAUCUACACAUAGGUGCGGAUGAAGUUUAUCAAAUAGGAGAAUGCUCAAGAUGUCUAGAUGUUAUGUCUAAAAAGCAAUGGGGGAAACGACAACUCUUUCUGGAUCAUGUCUCCACAGUAGUCAAAUAUAUUAAGGAAAAAUAUCCAGAAUUAACUGUACUUAUGUGGGAUGAUGAAUUUCGUGAUAUAUCGCCGCAAGAAAUCAUUGACAAAGGCUUGCACUUGACAAUAGAACCAGUUAUUUGGAAGUAUACUACUGAUCCUGGUACGACAUUAACCGAUCAACUAUGGGAAAGUUAUGCUGCAGUCUGGAAGCAAGUCUGGGUUGCAACUGCAUUUAAAGGAGCCACUUCACCAGAUAGAUAUUACACAGAUAUUUCAUAUCAUAUGGAGAACCAUCAAGGUUGGUUAGAAAUUAUUCAUAGAUACUCGAAUCAAAUUACAUUUAGAGGUGUCAUGUUGACUGGAUGGCAGAGAUACGAUCACUUUAGUGUUCUUUGCGAAUUGCUGCCAGUGGGACUACCAUCUCUUGCUAUUAAUUUAGCUGUAUUACAAGCAUCAGAUCUAAAUGGCUUCCCUGUAGAAUUACCUAGUCAUAUAUCUGAAAUUUUACAAUGCGAUGGUGUAAUUUCAUUAAGCAUACCAGAACCACAGUAUGGUUGGACCAAAUGCAGUUUUCAUGGAAUGUCUGUAUAUGCAGCCAUGUUACGUCUUUACUCUUUAACACAAGAAAUAAUGAAAAUGGAACAAGAUAAUACAUACAAAGGAUGGUUAAAACCAUAUAAUAUUAAGUAUUCUUUUGCAAGUCCUAGUUAUGUAGAACGUGCAGUGACUGAUUUGGAUAGGUAUAAAAUGGAAAUAAUGUAUAUUGAGAAAGAAAUGCGUACAGCCAUGGAAGACAUUUAUGACAAUUAUACAAUACAAGAAUGGUUAGAAACAUAUACUGCACCUUUAAACGAAAAGCUUAAUCAAUUGUGGGAAACUAAGGAGAAACUUUUAGCAAAAAAUACAUGGCCCAGAAGACCUCUCACAAAAUCAGACUUAUAGUGAAAAACAGUUUCUUUGAAUAAGUAAGUAAAUAUUUAUCAUGUUCUUUGUGGUUUAUAGUAAGAGACUGAGAAUUUUAUUAAAAUAAUAAGAGAAAAGAACACGAACAAUUUCUUAGCAAUUAAAAUGUUUAAAAAUGGCGUGGAUAAUCAAUGAAAUAUAAAAGUUUGAAACUCGUAAUUUUACAUCUUAAACAAUCGUUGUACAGAGUAUGUGAUAAUUUAUAAUUUGAUAUAAGGAAGGAAUCAAAUCAUAUUAAAUGCACCGUCCGCAAAUUUAUAAAUUCUAUUUAUCUCAAUAAAUAAGAUAAAUCUUACUUAUUUUGAUAAAUAAGAUUCUAUAGAAAUUAUUUCAUUAUUUAGUAGAUUAAUAAUAAAUAUUUCUAAUAUAAAUCACCAGUUUUACAAUUUUGAAAGGCUUUCAAAGAAAUAUAAAUAAUUGUUCUUUCUCUCUAACUCUCCAAAAGUCUGAAAUGCAAAAGUGGUCUGGACAAUUUAAGAUAGACGGUGUAGAUAGAAAGAGAGGUAGAUAGUAAUAUUGAUAUAUAUUUAAAAUAUAUUGAUAGAUAUGUAUUAAACGAUAUAUAAUUUUGCAACAUUAGAAUUUUAAUAUGCUAAUUUAUUGAAAAAUUAUUAAAAGUGUUAUUUAGACAAAUAUUAUUGUAUUUCAAAUUAUUGUAUUUUAAGAGAUUUUCAAUUAAUAUUGUUAUUAUAUACGUAACAUAUACAAGCUGCCCUUUCCAGUCAUGUAUACGCACCGAUUGUUUUUUCUUCAUUUUGUCUUCUACUUAUAAGCAUGGCCACUAUGAACAACAUAAUAAUUAGUAUUAGGUUUUAAUGGUACGUUCUUCGAAAAGAUAUUAACAAUAAAGUAAAUUAAUAUAAUUAAUUAUUAUAUAUUGGCUCAAAUGUAUUAGCACAGUAUCUGCAAUUUUAAUGUAAGCAGGCAGGGUGUCAUGCUAUAAGUAAUUGUGGUGUUAUACUAAACAAAUGAAUGAAAGGUGAAAUUAUUAACUUAAAUUAAAAGCUUUUUCUAUGAGAGAGGUAAAGAGAGGAGAACUUUUUCAAUUGAAAGAUACUAUUGAAACCAGUAAUAUUUUAUUAAAAAAGCUCAAAUAUCUGGUAUAAUGAUAUUUGUAAAGUAUAAAAGGAAUAUAAAGAGAGUAUUUUAGAGUGCUUUUAUAUAUUCUUCCAAAGUAUAACUUAAUAAAGUAGCUUUAUUGGAAAUUUUUAUUUCUACCUUACAGAAUUAUUUAUAUUGGGUCUUCAAUCUCUAGUUACAACUUUUCGAUGAACGCACCUAAUAACAUAAUAUUUAAUAAAUCUUCCUAACAAUUUUAGAUUAGUCUGCACAUUUUUAAGAUAUACACUCGUCUUUGUGUUAUAUUAUGCGCUUUAUUAUUAUUUUAUAAUAAUUAUUAUCAAUGUGUGAAAGUAUUUUUAAUGUUGUUAUAUAAAUAGAAUUAUACGUAAUUAUUAGCAUAAUUAAC